AUGGGCCAGCUCAACCGGAGGCCGCGACCGCCGACGCCGGUCACCGGCGGAGCUCCGGGCCUGAAACGCGGCCUCGGCCUGCGCACCGGUGGCCGGCCCGGCCUUUAUUAUGAGGAGGCCAUUGAGAAGGUGAUUUAUAGGUGCAGGUUCAUGGCGAUACUUGGAGUGUUUGGUUCUUUGAUGGGUUCUGUGCUCUGCUUUCUCAAGGGUUGCGUAUAUGUGCUAAAUUCCUUCAUAGAAUACACAGCAGGCAGUGGAAAAGUGAUCUUGAUGGUGGUUGAAGCUAUUGAUGUCUAUCUUAUAGGAACAGUAAUGCUUGUCUUUGGUAUGGGUCUUUACGAGCUCUUCAUUAGCAAUCUUGACAUUGCUAAGACCUCUUCUUAUGGAUCGAACCUCCUUGGAUUAUUCAAACUUUCGGAACGGCCAAAAUGGUUAGAAAUUCAGUCAGUAAAUGAGCUGAAGACAAAGCUCGGUCACGUCAUUGUGAUGGUUCUUUUGGUUGGGUUAUUUGAAAAGAGCAGAAAGGUGACAAUAUCUUCAUCCACAGACCUGCUCUGCUUUGCAGCUUCUAUCCUCCUAUUAUCCAGUUGCCUCUAUUUGCUAUCGAAGCUUCAUUCCUCCAAAUAAAGUAAACAUGCCUGAUAUAAGGUAUAACUUGUCUUUUUCAUGAAGGUAUGUAAAUAAGCUUUUUAAGUCGCAGUAUGGUUCCUAGAUAUUAAUAUGUAAUGGGACACAAUGUUUCUGGAAAAGGUAAGAGAGUGGGAUUGUGUUCAUUACUUAAAAAAUAUAAAAUACAACACAGAGAUGGCUUCCUGCAUAUAAUCAUGUCAAUGUAUUCUAGUAAAAAAAUGUACAAGUCUCUGUCACACAUUUUUCUUUUC